CGUCCGGCGUUGUGGUGUUCGCAUUUCCUCGUGCCAUGACCUUAUGACGAUGGUUGCUUCGAGAUAGCUCUAUUUACCACUGGCCUUCCACUAAUUCUCAAGAUCCUGCGCUUCUGGGCCUACUGGCCCUUCACAAAAGAUGAGCCAGCCACCGCCGCCUCCGCCUCCGCAUGGGGAGAAUCCCAGGACAACGGCCGGUGGCUCCGGUCUGCCGCCCGGCAAGUACGAUAUCUUCAUCAUACCGGAACACUCGGCUGGCUCGGGGUUCCUCUACCUUCCGUCCUUGAAGCCACAAUGGAACAGCUUUGCUGCCGGCGUGGUCAGCACCCUGGCCGUCGUCAUCAUGUCCAACCUCGCCAGCCCCAUGGUGGCCAGUUUGUUCAGCAGUCCGGAUAAAAUGUGGAUGAUGCUUUGGGUGACUCUGGUGGCUUGUGUUGGAAUUGCGGCUUUUCUUUUGGGUCGCCAUCAGACGGAGCCCUCCGGCCAGCAGAAUAAGGAGGGUAACGGGCAUGGAGGUCACCAAAUGCCCGGCGGGGGAGGAUACGGCGGUGCAAACUCGUGGAGAUAUAACCCUCCACCGCAGAACGGUCCUUCACCGAACCAGGCGCCGCCUCCUCCUCCUCCGCCUCAGCACGAACCUCCAAGAGGCGGCGGAGGAGGUCCGUAUCAAUCCUGGCAGGAGCAGCCCAGACAACAACCACAAGCUGAGCCGCAGCCCAGACAGCAACCACAACCCGAGCCGCAGCCACAACCGCCACCGCAACCGCCACCGCAACCACAACCACAACCUCAACCUCAACCGCAAGCUCAACCUCCCCCUCCUCCCCCUCCUCCACCGCCUCAGCCCGAGCCUGAGCCGCAGCCGAAACCACAAGAGCCGAAACGGGAGGAGCCAAAAGAAGCGCCGAAACCCCAGCCAAAGCCCCAGCCGAAAGCGCAGCCGAAACCCGCUCCGGAGCCAAAGCAGCAACCACAGCCGGCUCCCCCAAAGACUGAGCCCCCUCCCAAAGGCGCUUGGGAAAAGGCAAGGGAGGAAAUGCGGAGGAGAGAGGAGGAGCGCAAGGCUAAGGAGGCCGAAGCCAAGAAGAAGGAGGAAGAGGCGAAGAAGAAGGAGGAAACAGCUCGUCGAAUCCGCGAACUCCGCGAGCGGGAGGCUAGGGAACGCGAGCGACGGGAAAAAGAAGCCAGGGAACGCGAACUUAAGGAGAAGCUCCGCCAGGAGCAAGAGGCGAGAGAAAAAGAACGCCUGGAAAGGGAACUACGAGAGAAGAUCGAAAGGGAAUUGCGAGAGAAGGUGGAACGGGAGGCCAAAGAAAGAGAGGCGCGGGAGCGCGAGGCCAGGGAGCGCGAGGCCAAGUUGAGGGAAGAGGCACGGAAGCGCGAAGAAGAGAGGGCAAAAGCAGAAAGGGAGCGGCUAGCUGCCCGGGAGCGGGAACGGAAAGAGCGCGAGGAGCGGGCGGCGCGGCUGCGCAAGGAGCAAGAAGAGGCGCGGCUGCGGAAAGAGCAAGAAGAGAAGGAGAAGGAGGAGAAGGCGAGGAACGAGCGCAAGGGCACAGCCUACGCUUAUUCGUCCGUGGGCGAGAAGACGAGCAUGUGGCCGAAUGGCAAGCCUCCCAGCGUAGCCCCGUCUCAAGCAGCAUCUACUCCUCCGCCGUCCAGGUCAACCCCGUCCCAGGCACCUCCGUCCCCCACCAAGCCAGCACCUUCCCCGACGAAACCGGCGCCUUCCCCUACCAAAUCAACAGCUUCUGCCUCCGCCACCGGCACAGAAGACACAUACUCCUACCGACCGUAUGACACACCCAAGAAACCCGCCGCGCGCAAAAAGUCAGUCUCGGACUUCUCCGAGUCCUCCUGGGCCCCGUCCCAUUCGACAGCCCGCACCACCCCUCCCCCAUCUACCCGCGGCCCUUACACAACCAACGACCCGCAGAAGAUAGUCAUCAAAGCCGUGUACGGCUACCUCAACCAGUUCUCCAAGACGCCGGCCUCCCAGCUCAUCUCCGGCGUGGGGCCCGUAACAGACGGCCUGAUCCUCCGCAUCACCAGCGCAGGCCUCUUCGUCGACGACGACGUCCGCGGCGUCGCCCAGCGCGAGUGGGACAUCAAGGCCUGGACCCUGAAGCUGGUCGAGGUCUGGUGUCCCGUGCAUGCCGUCAGCGCGCAAGCGGGCAACACCCCCGGCUCGGUACCGACGAACCACCCGUUCUUCAAGACCAUGCCGCAGAGUGCGCGACGCGGCGCCGAGCGCGGCGCGACCAAGACAAUGCUCGGGGAGGAGGCCGUGGCGUACAUUGACGAGUUCGGGCGGACGUGCAGCGGCGCGUGCAGGAAGGCCGGGAGCGGGAAGCCCGACGGCCUGCAUCUUCUGCGGGCUACCAUUCGUGACCAGGAAGGGAAGCGCUAUCUGUUUGUCGUUGGCGAGGAGGAGGCGUGGAAGAUUGCCGGCGGCUUGGCGGCACUCCGGGGGAGCAGCCAGGUCAGGGCACUCGGCGUGGCUGGGUUCAGUAGCUUGGAGUCCAAGACGUUGUUGGAUACGCUCGGGUGGGGUGGUUGAGCGGGUCGUGGGGAAGACCCGAAGGGCCGAGCCGGGAUGGUUAGCGUCGCUCCACUCCAACUCCUCGAUCUCUUCAAUUCGACAGUCGGUUACUGCUCGAUGGCUUUUAUCACGUCGAUUUCAUGAGCGGCACCU